GCACUUCUGUAUUUGGCGUCUCAGGUUUCAAGUCAGAUCCUGUAUCCUGUAGCUGUUUUUCUCCACAACGCAGAGUCAGCAUGGAUGGCAGUGACACAGAACAAUGAAUGGAUACUUGUCCUUUGGAGCAAUAAAGAAACACUAAUGUAACCCGAAGAAUGAACAACCAGGAAACAUCAGCAGACACCACUGAAACAAACUUUGAGGGUCCUGCUUCGGCCAAAGAGAGGAAGGUGAUCCACUUCUCCAACGGUGAAACUCUUGUAGUUGAGGACAGCGAGGAGGAAGAGGAGGAGACGUCAAACAAAACUCCCUUUGAAGAACCUAAACAGAAGACUCGGCUAUCGUUCAAGAAUGUGGCCAUUCUAGUUGGGAGGUUUUCACUGCUGGCCUGCGACUUCCUCGGAGAAAGAUUAGCUGGUGCUCUUGGACUCAGUGCAGCCAAAUACCAGUACGCCAUAGAUC